AUGUCGAACCUCAACUCGUGGGAAGACGAUCCGGCUGCCCAGGACGACAACCUGUCGCGCCAGGCUCAGCAGCAGCUUAACCUCAACCAACACAACCCCCAGGCUGGCUCCUUCCGUCCAGGCGCAUCCUCCUUCACCCCUGGAGCUCAGUCCUUUCAGCCCGGUCAGCAGUACGGUGGCUACGCCCCUCAAUACCAGCAGUAUUAUGGUCAAGGCUACGGCGCCGGCUACCCUCAAUAUGGCGGCCAACAGGGAUACAACUCACAGUACGGACAGCAAGGCUACAGUGGCUACCAGCAACAAUAUGGCCAAGGUCAAGGAUAUCCGCAAUAUGCCCAGCAACAACAACAGCCUCAGGCUCAGGCUCAGCAGCCUGCUCCCACCAUCGCCAAGCGCCCGGCUGAUGCUCCCGCUGCCGCCGCGCCGGCACCUCAGCCGACAGUGAAGAAGGAAGGCGGUGCCAAGGUCUUGAGCAUCGGCGGCGACGCUCCUAAGCCCAAGGCCAAGGUCCUCUCUAUCGGCGGUACUGCCGCUCCUGCGAAGGAGGAGAAGAAGGAGGCUCCCAAGGAGGAGGCUAAGAAGGAUACCAACCCAGCUGCUGAGGCUGGGGCCAAGGCGACGGCGACAAAGGCUAUUGAGAAGACGGGUGCUUCGACCACUAAGUCUGGCAAGACCUCUCCCUCUCCCUCAUCUGGCCGUUCCAGCCCGUCCGGUGGUGCCAGCAAGGGUCCUGUUCGCGAGGCCGAUGCUGUCCAGAAAGAGCAGACAGCCGACGUUGACGAAGAGACUCUCAAGGAAAUCUACGGCAAGGAGCAUGUCAACAUUAUUUUCAUCGGUCACGUCGAUGCUGGAAAGUCGACCCUUGGUGGUUCAAUUCUUUAUGCUACAGGCAUGGUCGACGAGCGAACGAUGGACAAAUACAAGCGCGAGGCCAAGGAGCUUGGAAACCCUUCAUGGUACCUCUCAUGGGUCAUGGAUCUGACCAAGGAGGAACGAUCUAAGGGAAAGACCGUCGAAGUUGGCAGAGGCUUCUUCGAGACGGAGAAGCGCCGCUACAGUAUCCUGGACGCACCCGGUCACAAGACCUACGUCCCCAACAUGAUCGGUGGUGCUUCUCAGGCCGAUGUUGGUAUCCUCGUUAUUUCCGCCCGUAAGGGUGAAUACGAGACCGGUUUCGAACGAGGUGGCCAGACCAGAGAGCACGCUAUGCUUGCCAAAACCCAGGGUGUUAACAAGCUGAUUGUUGCCAUUAACAAGAUGGACGAUCCUACUGUUGAGUGGUCCGAGGAGCGCUACAAGGAGUGCACGACCAAGCUGUCCCAAUUCCUUAAGGGCACUGGCUAUAACUUGAAGACUGACGUCUACUUCCUGCCUGUGGCUGCCCAGCAAUCCAUGAACAUCAAGGACAGAAUUCCUAAGGGUGUCGCUCCUUGGUGGGAAGGACCCUCCUUGCUCGAGUACCUCGACAACAUGAAGGCUCUUGAGCGCAAGGUCAAUGCACCCUUCAUGAUGGCCGUUGCCGGAAAGUACCGAGAUCUCGGAACCAUGAUCGAGGGCAAAAUCGAGGCCGGUGUUAUCAAGAAGGGCAUGUCCCUCGUUAUGAUGCCGAACAAGCAGAGCGUGGACGUUGCCGCCGUAUACGGCGAGACCGAAGAAGAAACCCAGGUUGCGCAGUGCGGUGACCAGGUUCGUAUUCGCCUCAGGGGCAUCGAGGAAGAAGACAUUCUCCCCGGAUUCGUGCUGUGCUCGCCCAAGCGCUUGGUGCACAACGUUGCCACGUUCGAGGCUCAGAUCCGUAUCCUCGAGCUCAAGAGCAUCUUGACUGCUGGUUUCAACUGCGUACUGCACGUGCACGCUGCCAUUGAAGAAGUGACAUUCGCGGCGCUGCUUCACAAGCUCCAGAAGGGCACCAACCGAAAGAGCAAGCUGCCGCCGUCUCACGCCAAGAAGGGCGACAGCAUCAUCGCCCGCAUGCAGGUUAUCGGUGGUGCUGGAUCGGUUUGCAUUGAGAAGUUCGAGGACUACCCGCAGAUGGGUCGCUUCACCCUGAGAGACCAGGGACAAACCAUUGCCAUUGGCAAGAUCACGAAGCUGAUUACGGAUGAAACGGCUUAA